AUGUCAAUUCCGAAGAAAUUGAAGCUUGAUAACAUGGUGAAACAAAUCUGUACCCAUUCGGGAUCAUUCCAUGCUGAUGAGGCACUUGCCGUAUAUAUGCUGCGUCUUUUGCCCGAGUUCAAAGACGCCAAGAUCCUAAGAUCGCGAGUUCCAACCGACUGGGACCAAAGUGACAUCGUGGUGGAUGUCAGUGGUAAAUACGAUGGUGUCAAAUUCUUUGACCAUCACCAACGUGAAUUUUUCGAGACUUUCGAUGGGGAGCACAAGACUAAAUUGUCAAGCGCAGGUCUAGUUUACAAACAUUUUGGUCGUGACAUUAUCAAGAGCAUUUUGGGUGGACCUUCCAAGGAUGAUGUUGAGAUUCUUUAUUUGAAGGUUUACAAGCAGUUUAUUGAAGCAUUAGACGCUAACGACAAUGGUAUCAGCAAAUUUGAUGCCGAAGAGGCCAACAUCAAGCCAAAAUUCUCAGACACGGCGAUCACCAUUCCAGGUAUAAUUAGUGGAAUGAAUCCUAACUGGAAUGAUGACUGUUCAGCUGAGAAAUUUGAUGAGCAGUUUUUCAAAGCUAGCUCUUUCAUCGGUGGUGUCUUUGUCAAUUUGGUCGAUGGCUACGGUAAAUCCUGGCUGCCAGCUAAGGAACUUGUCCAGGAAGCCGUCAAGAACAGAAAGAAUGUUGAUAAGAGCGGUAAAAUCAUCAUUCUGAAGCAAUUCUGCCCGUGGAAGGAACACCUGUUCGAAGUGGAAAAGCAAUUAGGUAUCAAGGACGAAAUCGAGUUCGUGCUGUUUGAAGACAGCAGUAAGACCUGGAGAGUCUCUACAGUACCAAUCUCUGCCAGCUCUUACAAAUUUAGAAAGGGUCUACCAGAACCUUUUAGAGGUCUAAGAGACGAAGAGCUAAGCAAGAAAUCUGGCAUCCCAGACUGUGUCUUUAUCCACGCGGCUGGCUUUAUCGGUGGUACCAAGACCAAAGACGGAGCUUUGAAGAUGGCACAAAUGUCUUUGUAG